UUAUGACGUUGACGUAAAAUCACAGCUUGCAAAGGAAAAAUCUGAGGUCGUAUGCAGUAUCUGUGGAUUUUGGAUAGACAGUAACACGUUAAACGAAACUUCGAGGUCUUCUGCAGAGGAAUGUCUCGAGAUGACAAACUCCUACGAUUCUAUAGAAUUUAGCCCUUCGAAAAGUUACAACAAUAUAAUACUUGAUAAGCAAGAAAAAGAUGACGCAUCCACUUCGAAAACAUCUACAAGCGACAUACACGUGGAAAAGGAAUGUAGUAUGUCUCACGAUUGUCUACAGUUGAAAGAAACUCACGACCAAUGUCAUAAUAUUGUAAAAGCUUGCCAUAAUCAUCAACUCUUAUCAAAGUGCCCUGGAUGCCUCAAAGUUUUCGCCACAUGUCCAAAAUGUUCUACCAUUGACCAAAUUAUACAACAAUUAAAGAAAUGUAGUGUAGAUCAAGAUAAUAUAUAAAAAUGUAAAAGAGAU